UUGUUAUACCGUUCAGACUAUUGAGCGGCUUUUCUGUUUGGAACGUUACGCCUUGGUGUCAUCGCUGUCUGUACUCUGGAACAUGGAUUUUCAGUCAAAAAUUUCUAAACCUAUUGAUAGAGUUCAGGUCGAAGGAAAGGUGUUCUUAAAAAUGAUCAAGCACUACGAAGAAGAAUCUGUAUCUAGCCAAAACUUUGUCAAUGGUGUAUUGUUAGGGCUUGCACAAGGCAGCCAACUUGAAAUCACUAAUUGCUUCCCAUUACCUAAAACUCAAGAAGAUGAUCCAAAUGCCAACGAGGCUCUGGUCACUUAUGAAGCCAAUAUGAUACGUAAUUUGAGACAACUACAAACAGAUUACCUCAAUGUAGGAUUUUAUCAAGCUGGUCCUGGAGGUGUCUCUAUUAACCGUGCUAACAUUGAAAACAUUUAUCAACGCCAAAUUAAUCUCCCUGAAUCUGUGUUGCUCACCUAUGACCCAACAAGAACUAGCAGAGGUCAAAUUGGUCUGAAAGCGUAUCGUCUGUCUGACGAUGUUCUUGCUGCAAGAUCCGAAGCGGAAGAUCGUUUUCGUCUGAUGGGCCACAAGGGUCCCGAGGUCCCAUGGGAAUGUGAAGCGGCGAGCAGUGUAGGUCGCAGCAGUUUCACUCGUGUUCUAGAAGAGAUACCGGUUGUGAUUCAUAAUUCACAUCUCGUAAACAUCCUUUUGACUGAGAUCGUUGAUAAUCAAGAACUGUCGCGAUCAGAGCUUUCUACAAAUUCAUCAAUGCUAGAUCUGGCCCCACCGCUUCCAAAAGACCAUCCUGGUCGUUAUUCUACUCUCAAUUUAAGCAUGGCCUCUAGUUUGGAACAACAACUACGUUCUCUUCUUGCGGGUUUAGAAACAGUACAUGACUACCAGUAUUCAUAUCAACGUAGUCUAUCAAAAUCUCAAACUACGGUAGCUGGCAAGACCGCAACUGAAACACGUAAUCGGGAGUUGGCUCCAAUCCGUUUGGACACUGCGUUGGUUUCAGCUCAGCUUGAUUUCUACUGCAACAGUCUUGCUCAGAUGGCAGGUCAAACAAUAGGCAAAUUAAUGUUAACACAAGCUGUACAAAAAACAAGUUCAUCCGGAGCUCCUAAAUCUCAAAAAAUUUAAACGAUAUAAAGAUCUAAAUAACUUGUAUAACAUAAUAAACAAAAUGGUGUAUGUUAAUAUUUGUUUCAAUCUGUAUAAUUAUUCCUCAUGUGAUCUUGGUCAAAAACUUUGCCAUUUAUUUCAUUGAUAGUUUUAUGAGUUCGUUUCUAAAUAAUCGGUCACGGUAACACGAGUAUUUCUUAAAAAGAGCGCCUCAUCUUUUCUCUUCAUCCACAAAUUAAUAAAAAGCCUCAUUUUCAUUCAACCAAACAAGUAAUUCGUUAAAAUAUGUUUCAAAAUAAGGGUUCUUCUAGUCAGUCUAGUACUACAUAUCUCAACAAUCCCAUAAUUAAAGGGUUUGACUUGUUUAACAUAGAUAUUUCUAACAAUCUAAAUCAUUACGGCUUAAUUUUGUACUGUUUGUUCACGUAUCAAGGUUCAUUCCAUUUUUUUUCUUAAUACUUAUUACUUAGAUUGUCAUUUUCAUACAGGUCUAAUGUUG